UUCCUGGGAGGCCGGCGCUCUGACGUGGACCCGGGGGCCGCGGGCGCGGCUGGGGGGGCCAUCGGCCCGGGGGCUUCUUAAACCCCCCGGCCCGGCCUGGCCCUCACUUYCCGAGCACCGCUCCGCCCCCGGAGAGAGAGAGAGAGCCAGAGCCAGAGAGCCGCAGAGGAGCCUAGGAGGCCCACAGAACCCGGUCAGCCAGGGCGCAAGAGAAGUUGGAGAAGAGAGCGCAGAGCAAAACAGCGAGUCCCGCGGUCGCAGCCCAACAGCGCCCAACAGCAUUCGCUAGCACCCGCAGUCCAAGCCCCCAGCCCACGCAACCCCGUCCCCGCUCCGACAACAUGAUGAACAACAGUGGCUACUCGGACGCCGCCGGCCUCGGCCUGGGCGACGAGGCGGACGAGAUGCCGUCCACAGAGAAGGACCUAGCAGAGGACGCUCCGUGGAAGAAGAUCCAGCAGAACACAUUUACACGCUGGUGCAACGAGCACCUCAAGUGCGUGGGCAAGCGCCUGACCGACCUGCAGCGCGACCUCAGCGACGGGCUGCGCCUCAUCGCRCUGCUUGAGGUGCUCAGUCAGAAGCGCAUGUACCGCAAGUUCCACCCGCGUCCCAACUUCCGCCAGAUGAAGCUGGAGAACGUAUCUGUGGCCCUUGAGUUCCUGGAGCGCGAGCACAUCAAGCUCGUGUCCAUCGACAGCAAGGCUAUUGUGGAUGGGAACCUGAAGUUGAUCCUGGGCCUGAUCUGGACACUGAUCCUGCACUACUCCAUCUCCAUGCCCAUGUGGGAGGAUGAGGAUGAUGAGGAUGCCCGCAAACAGACACCUAAGCAGCGUCUGCUUGGCUGGAUCCAGAACAAGGUGCCCCAGCUGCCCAUCACCAACUUUAACCGAGACUGGCAAGACGGCAAGGCUCUGGGUGCUCUUGUGGACAACUGUGCUCCUGGCCUCUGUCCUGACUGGGAGGCCUGGGAUCCCAACCAGCCUGUGCAGAAUGCUCGAGAAGCCAUGCAGCAGGCAGACGACUGGCUCGGGGUGCCCCAGGUGAUUGCCCCUGAGGAGAUCGUGGACCCCAACGUGGAUGAGCAUUCUGUCAUGACCUACCUGUCCCAGUUCCCCAAGGCCAAACUAAAACCUGGUGCCCCUGUUCGAUCUAAGCAGCUGAACCCAAAGAAAGCUAUUGCCUACGGGCCUGGCAUCGAGCCUCAGGGCAACACCGUGUUGCAGCCUGCACAUUUCACYGUGCAGACAGUGGAUGCAGGCGUGGGUGAAGUGCUGGUCUACAUUGAGGACCCCGAGGGCCACACUGAGGAGGCCAAGGUGGUUCCCAACAAUGACAAGGACCGCACAUAUGCUGUCUCCUAUGUGCCCAAGGUCGCUGGAUUACACAAGGUGACUGUGCUCUUUGCUGGCCAGAAUAUUGAGCGUAGCCCCUUUGAAGUGAAUGUGGGCAUGGCCUUAGGGGAUGCCAACAAGGUGUCAGCCCGUGGCCCUGGCUUGGAACCUGUGGGUAAUGUGGCCAAUAAACCCACCUACUUUGACAUCUACACUGCGGGGGCUGGCACUGGUGAUGUUGCUGUGGUGAUUGUGGACCCACAGGGSCGACAGGACACAGUAGAGGUGGCCUUGGAGGAUAAGGGCGAUAGCACGUUCCGCUGCACUUAUAGGCCUGUGAUGGAGGGGCCACACACUGUGCAUGUGGCCUUCGCUGGUGCCCCCAUCACCCGCAGUCCCUUCCCUGUUCAUGUGGCAGAAGCUUGCAACCCCAAUGCCUGCCGGGCCUCUGGACGAGGCCUACAGCCCAAAGGUGUGCGUGUGAAAGAGGUGGCUGACUUCAAGGUGUUCACCAAGGGUGCUGGCAGCGGUGAACUCAAGGUCACAGUCAAGGGGCCAAAGGGCACAGAGGAGCCAGUGAAGGUGCGGGAGGCUGGGGAUGGAGUGUUUGAGUGCGAGUACUACCCUGUGGUGCCUGGGAAGUAUGUGGUGACCAUCACUUGGGGUGGCUAUGCCAUCCCCCGCAGUCCCUUUGAGGUCCAGGUGAGCCCAGAGGCAGGAACACAGAAGGUGCGGGCCUGGGGCCCCGGUUUGGAGACUGGCCAGGUGGGCAAGUCUGCUGACUUUGUGGUGGAGGCCAUUGGCACAGAAGUGGGGACACUGGGUUUCUCCAUUGAGGGGCCCUCACAGGCCAAGAUAGAGUGUGAUGAUAAGGGAGAUGGCUCCUGCGACGUGCGGUACUGGCCCACAGAGCCAGGGGAGUAUGCUGUGCAUGUCAUCUGUGAUGACGAGGACAUCCGUGACUCGCCCUUCAUUGCCCACAUCCAGCCAGCCCCACCAGACUGCUUCCCGGACAAGGUGAAGGCCUUUGGGCCUGGCCUGGAGCCCACUGGCUGCAUCGUGGACAAGCCUGCCGAGUUCACCAUUGAUGCUCGUGCAGCUGGCAAAGGAGACCUGAAGCUCUAUGCCCAGGAUGCAGAUGGCUGCCCCAUCGACAUCAAGGUGAUCCCCAAUGGUGACGGCACCUUCCGCUGCUCCUACGUGCCUACCAAGCCAAUCAAACACACCAUCAUCAUCUCCUGGGGAGGCGUCAACAUACCCAAGAGCCCCUUCAGGGUGAAUGUGGGAGAAGGGAGCCACCCUGAGCGGGUGAAGGUGUAUGGCCCCGGWGUGGAGAAGACAGGCCUCAAGGCCAACGAGCCCACCUACUUCACUGUGGACUGCAGCGAGGCAGGGCAAGGUGACGUGAGCAUUGGUAUCAAGUGUGCCCCUGGCGUGGUGGGCCCUGCGGAGGCUGACAUUGACUUUGAUAUCAUCAAGAAUGACAACGAUACCUUCACAGUCAAGUACACACCCCCAGGGGCCGGCCACUACACCAUCAUGGUGCUGUUUGCCAACCAGGAGAUCCCUGCCAGCCCCUUCCACAUCAAAGUAGACCCGUCCCAUGAUGCUAGCAAGGUUAAGGCUGAGGGCCCAGGGCUAAACCGCACAGGUGUGGAAGUUGGAAAGCCCACUCACUUCACGGUGCUGACCAAGGGAGCUGGCAAGGCCAAACUGGACGUGCAAUUUGCUGGGGCAGCCAAGGGCGAGGCUGUGCGGGACUUUGAAAUCAUAGACAACCACGACUACUCCUACACUGUCAAGUACACUGCUGUCCAGCAGGGCAAUAUGGCAGUCACAGUGACCUAUGGUGGGGACCCUGUCCCUAAAAGCCCCUUUGUGGUGAAUGUGGCACCCCCACUGGACCUCAGCAAAGUCAAAGUUCAAGGCCUCAACAGCAAGGUGGCUGUGGGGCAGGAACAGGCAUUCUCUGUGAACACACGAGGGGCUGGUGGUCAGGGCCAGCUGGAUGUGCGGAUGACUUCACCCUCCCGACGACCUAUCCCCUGCAAGCUGGAACCUGGGGGUGGAGCUGAUGCCCAGGCUGUGCGCUACAUGCCCCCUGAGGAGGGGCCCUACAAAGUGGACAUCACCUAUGAUGGACACCCAGUGCCUGGAAGCCCCUUUGCUGUGGAAGGUGUCCUGCCCCCUGACCCCUCCAAGGUCUGUGCCUAUGGCCCUGGUCUCAAGGGCGGGCUGGUAGGCACCCCUGCACCAUUCUCUAUUGACACCAAGGGGGCUGGCACAGGAGGCCUGGGGCUGACGGUGGAGGGCCCCUGCGAAGCCAAGAUCGAGUGCCAGGAUAAUGGUGAUGGUUCGUGUGCUGUCAGCUACCUGCCCACAGAGCCAGGAGAAUACACCAUCAACAUCCUGUUUGCUGAAGCCCACAUCCCUGGCUCGCCCUUCAAGGCCACCAUCCAGCCUGUGUUCGACCCAAGCAAGGUGCGGGCCAGUGGGCCGGGCCUGGAACGUGGCAAGGCUGGAGAGGCAGCCACCUUCACUGUGGACUGCUCGGAGGCGGGUGAGGCAGAACUGACCAUUGAGAUUCUGUCAGAUGCGGGCGUCAAGGCCGAGGUGCUGAUCCACAACAACGCCGAUGGCACCUACCAUAUAACCUACAGCCCUGCCUUCCCUGGCACCUACACUAUCACCAUCAAAUACGGAGGCCACCCCAUCCCCAAAUUUCCCACCCGUGUCCAUGUGCAGCCAGCUGUUGACACCAGUGGUGUCAAGGUCUCUGGGCCUGGUGUGGAGCCACAUGGUGUCCUGCGAGAGGUGACUACUGAGUUCACUGUGGAUGCAAGAUCCUUAACAGCCGCAGGUGGCAACCACGUGACAGCUCGUGUACUCAACCCUUCUGGCGCUAAGACUGAUACCUAUGUGACUGACAAUGGGGAUGGCACCUACCGAGUGCAGUACACGGCCUUUGAAGAGGGUGUGCAUCUGGUGGAGGUGCUGUAUGAUGAUGUAGCUGUACCCAAGAGCCCCUUCCGAGUGGGUGUGACUGAGGGCUGUGACCCCACCCGUGUCAGAGCCUUUGGGCCAGGUCUGGAGGGUGGCUUGGUCAACAAGGCCAAUCGCUUCACAGUGGAAACUAGGGGAGCCGGCACUGGGGGCCUAGGCCUGGCCAUCGAGGGACCCUCAGAAGCUAAGAUGUCCUGCAAAGACAACAAAGAUGGUAGCUGCACCGUGGAGUACAUUCCCUUCACCCCUGGAGAUUAUGACGUCAACAUCACCUUUGGGGGGCGGCCCAUCCCAGGGAGUCCAUUCCGGGUGCCUGUGAAGGACGUGGUCGAUCCUGGGAAGGUGAAGUGCUCCGGGCCAGGAUUGGGGGCCGGUGUCAGGGCCCGGGUACCCCAGACCUUCACAGUGGACUGCAGUCAGGCUGGCCGAGCCCCCCUGCAGGUGGCUGUGCUGGGCCCCACAGGAGUGGCUGAACCUGUAGAGGUGCGUGACAAUGGAGAUGGCACCCACACUGUCCACUAUACCCCUGCCACUGAUGGGCCUUACACAGUAGCAGUCAAGUACGCUGACCAGGAGGUGCCACGCAGCCCUUUCAAGAUCAAAGUGCUUCCAGCCCAUGAUGCCAGCAAGGUGCGGGCCAGCGGCCCUGGCCUCAAUGCCUCUGGCAUCCCUGCCAGCCUGCCCGUGGAGUUCACCAUCGAUGCUCGGGAUGCUGGGGAGGGGCUGCUCACUGUGCAGAUCUUGGACCCUGAGGGUAAGCCCAAGAAGGCCAAUAUCAGAGACAACRGGGACGGCACAUACACCGUGUCCUACCUGCCAGACAUGAGUGGUCGAUACACCAUCACCAUCAAGUAUGGCGGCGAUGAGAUUCCCUACUCGCCCUUCCGCAUCCAUGCCCUGCCCACUGGGGAUGCCAGCAAGUGCCUUGUCACAGUGUCCAUUGGAGGCCAUGGCCUGGGUGCCUGCCUGGGUCCCCGAAUCCAGAUCGGAGAGGAGACUGUAAUCACAGUGGAUGCUAAGGCAGCAGGCAAGGGGAAGGUGACCUGCACAGUGUCUACGCCAGAUGGAGCAGAGCUUGAUGUGGAUGUGGUUGAGAAUCAUGAUGGUACAUUUGACAUCUACUAUACAGCGCCCGAGCCGGGCAAGUAUGUCAUCACCAUCCGCUUUGGAGGCGAGCACAUCCCCAACAGCCCCUUCCACGUGCUGGCCACAGAGGAGCCAGUGGUACCUGUGGAGCCAUUGGAGUCCAUGUUGAGGCCCUUCAACCUGGUCAUCCCCUUCACUGUGCAGAAAGGGGAACUCACAGGGGAGGUGCGGAUGCCCUCCGGGAAGACUGCGAGACCCAACAUCACAGACAACAARGACGGUACCAUCACAGUGAGAUAUGCACCCACCGAGAAAGGACUGCACCAGAUGGGAAUCAAGUAUGAUGGCAACCACAUCCCUGGAAGCCCCYUGCAGUUCUAUGUGGAUGCCAUCAACAGCCGCCAUGUCAGUGCCUAUGGGCCAGGCCUGAGUCAUGGCAUGGUCAACAAGCCAGCUACCUUCACCAUUGUCACCAAGGAUGCUGGAGAAGGGGGUCUGUCGCUGGCUGUGGAGGGCCCAUCAAAGGCAGAGAUCACCUGCAAGGACAAUAAGGAUGGCACCUGCACAGUGUCCUACCUGCCCACGGCUCCUGGGGACUACAGCAUCAUUGUGCGCUUUGAUGACAAGCACAUCCCAGGGAGCCCCUUCACGGCCAAGAUCACAGGCGAUGACUCUAUGAGGACUUCACAGUUGAAUGUUGGCACCUCCACGGAUGUGUCACUGAAGAUCACAGAGAGUGACUUGAGCCUGCUGACUGCCAGCAUCCGCGCCCCGUCCGGUAAUGAGGAGCCCUGCCUGCUGAAGCGCCUGCCCAACCGGCACAUUGGAAUCUCCUUCACCCCCAAGGAGGUUGGGGAACACGUGGUGAGCGUGCGCAAGAGUGGCAAGCAUGUCACCAACAGCCCCUUCAAGAUCCUGGUGGGGCCAUCUGAAAUUGGGGAUGCCAGCAAGGUUCGGGUCUGGGGCAAGGGCCUUUCAGAAGGACACACUUUCCAGGUGGCAGAGUUCAUCGUAGACACUCGUAACGCAGGUUAUGGGGGUCUGGGGCUGAGCAUUGAAGGCCCUAGCAAGGUGGACAUCAACUGUGAGGACAUGGAGGAUGGCACAUGCAAAGUCACCUACUGCCCCACUGAGCCUGGUACCUACAUUAUCAACAUCAAGUUUGCUGACAAGCACGUUCCAGGAAGCCCCUUCACUGUGAAGGUGACUGGUGAGGGCCGCAUGAAGGAAAGCAUCACCCGACGUAGACAGGCACCUUCCAUCGCCACCAUUGGCAGCACCUGUGACCUCAACCUCAAGAUCCCAGGGAACUGGUUCCAGAUGGUGUCUGCCCAGGAGCGCCUGACUCGCACCUUCACACGCAGCAGCCACACGUAUACCCGCACAGAGCGGACAGAGAUCAGCAAGACCCGGGGCGGGGAGACCAAGCGUGAGGUGCGGGUGGAGGAGUCCACUCAAGUCGGUGGGGACCCGUUCCCUGCUGUCUUCGGGGACUUCCUGGGCCGGGAACGCCUGGGCUCCUUCGGCAGCAUCACCCGGCAGCAGGAGGGUGAGGCCAGCUCUCAGGACAUGACUGCGCAGGUGACCAGCCCGUCAGGCAAAACUGAAGCUGCAGAGAUCGUUGAAGGGGAGGAYAGUGCAUACAGCGUGCGCUUUGUGCCCCAGGAGAUGGGGCCUCAUACAGUCGCUGUCAAGUACCGUGGCCAACAUGUGCCCGGCAGCCCCUUUCAGUUCACUGUAGGGCCACUGGGUGAAGGUGGUGCUCACAAAGUGCGUGCUGGAGGCACAGGGCUGGAGCGAGGUGUGGCUGGUGUGCCAGCUGAGUUCAGCAUCUGGACCCGAGAAGCAGGMGCAGGGGGCUUGUCUAUCGCCGUGGAGGGUCCCAGCAAGGCGGAGAUUGCAUUUGAGGACCGCAAAGAUGGCUCCUGCGGUGUCUCCUAUGUUGUCCAAGAGCCAGGUGACUAUGAAGUCUCCAUCAAGUUCAAUGAUGAGCACAUCCCAGACAGCCCCUUUGUGGUGCCUGUGGCCUCCCUCUCAGAUGAUGCCCGCCGUCUCACAGUUACCAGCCUCCAGGAAACUGGACUCAAGGUGAACCAGCCGGCAUCCUUUGCAGUGCAGCUGAAUGGUGCUCGGGGUGUGAUUGAUGCUAGGGUGCACACACCCUCAGGUGCUGUGGAAGAGUGCUAUGUCUCUGAGCUGGAUAGUGAUAAGCAUACCAUCCGCUUCAUCCCCCAUGAGAAUGGUGUCCACUCCAUCGAUGUCAAGUUCAAUGGUUCCCACAUCCCUGGAAGCCCCUUCAAGAUCCGCGUUGGGGAGCAGAGCCAGGCUGGGGAUCCAGGCUUGGUGUCAGCCUAUGGUCCUGGGCUUGAGGGAGGCACUACUGGUGUGUCAUCGGAGUUCAUUGUGAAUACCCUGAAUGCGGGCUCAGGGGCCUUGUCUGUCACCAUUGAUGGCCCCUCCAAGGUGCAGUUGGACUGUCGGGAAUGUCCUGAGGGCCACGUAGUCACUUACACUCCCAUGGCCCCUGGUAACUACCUCAUUGCCAUCAAGUAUGGUGGUCCCCAGCACAUCGUGGGCAGCCCCUUCAAAGCUAAGGUGACAGGUCCCCGGCUGUCUGGAGGCCACAGCCUUCAUGAAACAUCCACAGUUCUGGUGGAGACUGUGACCAAGUCAUCUUCAAGCCGUGGCUCCAGCUAUAGUUCCAUCCCCAAGUUCUCCUCAGAUGCCAGCAAAGUGGUGACGCGGGGCCCAGGGCUGUCCCAGGCCUUUGUGGGCCAGAAGAACUCCUUCACAGUGGACUGCAGCAAAGCAGGCACCAACAUGAUGAUGGUGGGUGUGCAUGGACCCAAGACCCCCUGCGAGGAGGUGUAUGUGAAACACAUGGGGAACCGAGUGUACAACGUCACCUACACUGUCAAGGAGAAAGGGGACUACAUUCUCAUUGUCAAGUGGGGUGAUGAAAGUGUUCCUGGAAGCCCCUUCAAAGUCAAUGUGCCCUGAAUCCCAGAAGUGCCUCUCCCAGCCUCGGCCCCCACCUCCGGCCAAUCACACACACACACACACACACACACACACACGCCACACACACACGCCACACACCCAGAUGCACACGCACAGAGUCAGACACUGCAAACACCUAUCUUGGGUGUGAUGUGAAUGGCACAGCCUCCCACCCCACUGUGCCCUUGCGGGGUGGAGGGCCUUGUCUGUCUUAGGGCAGUGUCCUUCCUUUGAAUGUGGCUUGAUGGCAACCUGGGAAGCCCUGAGUUUCUUGGUGGGGCCAAGACCAGCCGGGGAACACUGUUAGGGAUGUCUAUGUGUGAGAAGUCACCUUCAAACCACACUGCCAGCCAGGUACCCUGGCCCCUGAGGACUGCGUCUAGCCACUCUGGUGGCCACAACCCCAGAGCKUUAAGGACUUGGAAAAGAAAGCACAAUCAGAGAAGAAAACAGUCCCUGAACAAGUGCUACGUUGGACUGGCUUCAAGCAAUACAUACUUCGCCCAAGCCAGGCUUCCUGGGAAACUGAUUUCUCUCUCUGUCUUUUUUUUUGUUUUUUUUUUUUUUUUUUUUUUUUUUACAGUUGCACAGCUCUGCCCCAUGAGGGCCUUUUUUACCCAUUGCGAGGCCCAGCUUUCUGGGGGGACUUUUUGCACAUAUCAUGUGGCUCAGCUGGGAGCCACUUAGGUGGAAAACUCCAAAUAAAGCGCGGCUGUCGCAGAGGCA